CACGCCGGAUGCGCUGCCCUGGCUGAGCGCCUCGGCCUGACCCCCGCCGAGUAUCUCCCAGCCCUCGCCUACUCGUACGAGCCUUCCAAGUCGGACGAGAGGCGGCGCCUUGAGCUCGUGCGCUUCCGUUUGCAGCAGGCCCUCAAGAGGAACAUCGGGAGGUUUCCGACUGAGGUCUGGGACUUUGUGGCCAAGGAUCUUGUGUGUGAGUUUGCUACCGUCGCCAUCCCUGUUGUCGAGCCAAAGACGGUCUUUACUAUUGAUGCUUUGGAGGCUGUGUGGGCAACGUACGUCGAAAUUGAUGGCGUCGAGUACAUCAAAUCCGUCUCAAAUGAACAGAAACCGGGAGGUCGGCUGCUCUGGGACAAACCCAAAUCCCCAACCGGGCAUGUUUACAUCGGAGAAGACCACUUGGGCAUCAGUGAGAUCACCAACCACCCAGAAGUUACGCAGUCGGCCCAGAGCAAGCAAGUUUCGACUUGGUGGCGUACCGUCACGUUAAAACACUCAUCGAAAAUUGACUUCAAGACUGACGGCGUCAAGCUUCGAAGCUUUUCGGCGGCGACUCUGCUUCGAGAUGUCAAGUGGCCGUACCCUAUGACGCCGGAUGAGAUCAAAGGCAUGUACCUUUACUAUACCGCGCUCGAUCGUGAGGCCAAGAUGAUCCCCGUGGACAUCAAUGCACCGGAUACGAUUGGAUACUCUGUCGGCUGGCAUUACGGUUGCGUCUACUUUCACGCACACAAGCGAGGCGAGAGUCUGGACUUCUACCAUGAACUAGACGCGAGACAAUUAGAUGAAAAUGAGGCAGCGGCAAAGAAUCAAGAUGAAAGACACGAGCCACAUGCCGUCAAGGUGGAUCGGAUGGCUCGGAUGGCAGAGGAGUCGGGUAUCGAAUGGAGAUACCAUCCCUUGAAUGCAGGAGAAGCCAUUGAGCAAGUCUGGAUUCGACAGCCUCAAAAGCUCCCAGACGAUGACGACGACGAUGACGACAGCCCGUUUGGUCCGCGAUAUCUCUGGUGUGACGCCUCUCACGACGUUGCCAUAGGGCUCGUAACAAACCAGUCACGUGUAUUGGUAUCGGGGAUACCAUGUGAAUUCCCUCAGGAUAGGUUUCCGUGGCGAUGCAUCGCAAAAUCCUCGACAGCGUCUCCUAUGCGCAUCUUUUUCAGCUACUCCCUCGAUGGCAUCAACUUGUUUGCUGCACCAAAGAGCGGCGUGCCCAAAGGAGAGCCUGUUCACCAAGGUCUCUAUGAAGAGGAACCGGACAACUUUUGCUUGUUUGGUUAUGACUUUCACACGAGUGCGUCCCUUGAGAAUGUCGCACAAGUCGUCCUGUGCAAGGGCACAGAGCAAGGGAAGCCUAGAAUCAACGGCCUCCUCUUCCGGUACAAGGACGGC